AUGAGUGAAAUGAUUGGAGUGAGCACAUCUUCCUCGUGUUUAUGGACCUCGAGUACGGGUGGAAUUAUCCCAAUUCAGAACUAUAUAGAAACUAUAGGGUUUUCAAACAGUAAGGGUGUGGCAAUAGAAAAGCUGCACGUGAGUAUAAUGUUAUCGGAUGAUGAUUUCAAGGAUGUUCAUAAUGAAGCAAUUGACAAGGUUUUGAAGAAGAAAAGAAAAAAACAUGGAGAAUGA